GAAGAUAAAAAAAAGUAAUAUCAAAAAACGCAAAACACGAAAAUCGAAAGAAGCCUUAAACACAGAGAAGAAGAGAUAGAAAAACAGAGAAAAAUCCAAAGAACACAUUACACAUUCCAAUAAAGACUGAGAAAUUAAAAAUCUUUAUUAUUAGGGUUUUUCUAAUUUCCCCUCUUUCUCAUUUUGAUUUUCCUUCACAUUUUCUUUUUUAUUUUCGUUCCCACCAAACACCCUUCCCGCUCCCGCAUUCUUUCAUCCCAAGGAAGCGGUGAUUCACUGUUCUUCACCUCUUUCUCGAUUUGCAGAAACUGGUGACUCAAAUUUUCGUUUUUUUUCUCGGAGAAAUUUUGUUCGGAACCUUUUCCGGCCGGCGGAGCUGAAAUUUCCGGGAAAUUUUGACUCAUACUUUCUGCUGAUGCUCUGAAAUCUUCGCUGCCGGCUGCUAUUGGUUCUUCAACGUCGAUUCCUUCAAGGUUUUCCCUCUGGUUGGUUGAUCCGAGAGGGAUGAUGGGAGCUGGAAGAAAAUGGUUGGUUUGUGGUAUGCUUUGAUAGAGAGACAGGGUGUUUGGAAUCUUAAUUGUUUGAUAUAUUUGUGUUGCUUAGAUUCUUGAAUGCAUUUUGGCCUAUGGCUACGAAGGUAGUUUCGUCUUCCAAGGAUUUGAUAAAAUGCUGCAACUGCGGUUGUAGUUGCUCUUUGGAAGGUGAACCUGCAGGGACUUGGAUUCGCUCUGUUAAACGGAAGCAUGAUGAGUUUGAGCAGGGUACCAAUUUUGUUGUCCCUGGGUUGGAUUUGGAUGUUUCGGUUGUGCGAGUUGAAAUCGAGAACGAGGUUGCUGCAUUACGUGAGGCAAUUGUCAGUCAGCAGAAGACCAUAAAAGACUUGAAUGCUGAGUUGGAGGAGGAGAGGAACUCUUCUUCGACCGCUGCCAAUGAGACCAUGUCUAUGAUAUUGAGGUUGCAAAGGGAGAAGGCAGAGAUUCAGAUGGAAGCCCGGCAAUUCAAGCGUUAUGCGGAGGAGAAGAUGCAACAUGAUCAGGAGGAGAUUUUAGCAUUGGAUGAUUUGUUGUAUAAGAAAGAACAGACGAUUGAGUCGCUGACUUGUGAAAUUCAGGCAUAUAAGCACAGGAUGAUGAGUUUUGGGCUCACUGAGGCCGAGGCAGAUGGCAAUUUACUAUAUGAUCUUCCAGCCUAUGAAUACCCUCCUUUGAAAUGCAAUGCGAGGAAUGCUGGCAUGGAUGCUGAUAAUGACGACACGGAUAUUGAAAAGUAUGCAUUUGGUGAAACUCCUAGGGACCGGUUGAGGAACAUAGAAGAUAGGAUUUCCGAAAUGGAGAGAACACCCACUUACAAAGAGCUCGAUGCGGAUUUUACAGGGAGAAAUACUCUAGAGAAGACUUCACAUUUUAGGAAAACUUCCACCGACUCAGUGGGUAGAGAAGCAGGCUCUGGGUAUUUGUCAGAUUCUCCGAAGGUCAAUAGUAACUCUAGGAGAGACUAUUUCUCACAAUCCGAGGACCAGUCCAACUUGAAGAAAGAUAAUGCAUCAGAAGCCGAUGAUACCACUGACAGAAUAUAUACCAUUGACUCGGUUCACAGUCGGGCACCUCAUAAUGGUUCCACAGGGUCCAAAGCUGGAGGAGCUGCUUUUGAAGAUUAUACUGGCUCGCCAAGGGAACCGAGGAAUCAUGAGGAAUAUGAGGAUCCCUACGUUAAGAAGCUUUACAUGAGGCUUCAGGCACUUGAGGCUGAUAGGGAAUCGAUGAGGCAGGCACUCAUUUCAAUGCGCACAGAUAAAGCACAACUUGUGUUACUGAAGGAAAUAGCUCAACAACUGUGCAAGGACAUGUCACCACAACGAAAAAUGACAAAUAGGAAGUCAGCUAUUGGUGGAAGAUCUUCACUCGCGUCAAUUGUGAAGUGGAUCUCAUCAGUUGUUAUAUGGAGAAAGAGAGCUCAUCAAAGCAAGUAUGGAUUUGGGCUACCAGCUGAUAGCACAGGCUUGUUGAUGCUCCUGGACAAAGGUAUAACACACACAAGGCCAUGGAGAUGUAUUUCAAGAACACAAGUGGGAAACUAAAUUCUCCAAUUCCCACCAUGUCAAUCAUCAAAUGUGGAAGCAGAAAUUGAAAAUCUUUUGUUACACUACUACAACAAUGAGAAUUCUUUUCUUGUUCAACAACAUGAGCUUUUUUUCUGCUUGAAAAGUGGUGUAUUGUGCAGUGUUCUUAUAUUUGUUCUGCGUAUGAAAUUUAAGGUGAUUUCUUGGUAAAAUUUGAUUGGUUAAAACUUGGUUAUGGUUUGUUUGGAGUUGAGUUUUGAGGGUUGCCAUUUUGGACAAUCCUCAUUCCUCUCUUGUAUAUGACUAUGCCUAUUCAUGCAAGUGUCCCUAAUCUUUAUGUAGUGUCUAUUCUCAACCUCAAAUUUCUACCAAGUUCAGCUUUGUGUGCAUAAUCUUAGAGCCUCAGUCUUUCACAUUCAAAUGUACCAUAA